CAUGGCCGCAAAGCAGAACCAAAGCAUAACAGUCAAUAAGAAACAGAAGGGAAAACAAAACGAAGUCUAUUUUAGUGAAGAUCUGCUUCAUACUAUCUUAUUAAAUCUCGAUGUAACGUCUCUCGGUCGUUUCAAGUGCGUCUCUAAACCAUGGAAUUCUCUUAUCAGCAGCACCCGAUUCAUCAGAGACCAUUCCCGUAUUCACCAAAGCAAUCCCACCAUGAACUGCUAUCUUCUCUGCAAAAAUUAUUUACAUUAUUUACACGAACGCGAAAGCAAACGAAACGGAACACGAUUGCUACUUUCCCCUCCUGCAGUAACCAUGAUGCAUUACGGCUCAAUCUUCAAACCAUUACCACAACAACAAAACCGACAAGCGAUAAAGAUAGGUUCAUCGUCAUCAUUUAAAUUCGUGUUUGAUAGGCAGCUGCCAUCAAACUGCGAUGCCUUUCAGAUUACAUGUUGCUGUGACGGUCUCAUAUGCAUUAGUGAGUGUGAUCGUCUGCUUCUGUGGAACCCUUGCAUGGGUAAACACAAAACAUUACCAUUACCUGACCCCGACGCUACUUUUCCAGCCCAGAUUUGGGAUGUUUUCGGGCUCGGAUAUGAUUCUUCUACCGAUGAUUACAAGGUUGUAAGAGUUCCUUCUUGUGAUGACUCUCAAGUGUGCAGGAACCCUAGUGUCUAUGUGAUGACUCUCAAGUCAAAUUUAUGGAGAAAACUAGAUAUUGAGUUUCCGUAUGCAGUGCAUGAAUGCGGACAAGCAAUCUCUACGGGUGGAAGCUUGUACUGGUUUGCCCUAAUUCCUCGUAUGGCUAAUAAAGUUGUAUUAAUUAGAUUCGAUUUGGAAACCGAGAUAUGCAGAGAAUUGCCGAUGCCUCCCAACCUCCAUGUACAAGAUGCAAACAUUAUCAAUGAAGCUGCCAAGUUGGGGAUUUUAGAAGGUUGUAUUUCUUCAUCGAGUCUCAACCCGAGUAAAAGUUAUUUUGAUAUUUGGAUGCUCAAGGGAGAAAUCUGGAUCAAGUUUAUGAGUGUUCCUACGAGCAUUCACAAGGGAGAGGAUUAUAUUUAUAGUUUGAGGCCGCUCUUUACCGACAAUGGUGGCCUCGUGAUGCAUGCUACAUUAUUUAACAAUCGUCUGGUGAACAUCUUUGGAGAUUUACUUCUUAUCUAUCAUCCAAAACAAGACACUUGCAGAAAAUUUCAUUUUCCUGGCCGACCCGAUAUGUAUCCCAGUGAAGUUUAUCUUAAUUUUCCUAGUCUACUUUCACUUUCAAUCUGAUAGCAAAUUCUCAAUGUUGUUUAGUUGUGAAGCAAAACAA